CAGCUGCCCGUGCGUUGCGAUUGCGGAGAAUUAUCGUUUGUGCGGGAAGCAACAUUCGGAGUGCAUUUCAGGGCCGUUAGAACAUACCGCAAGUUACUGCUCGACAAGGCACGAUGGCGGAAAAACGGCGUGCCAAGAAACGGAAGGAUGAAUACGUCGGACCCGGCGGCGCAGAACAGGAGAUUGAAAAAGCCUCCAAGGAGGAGUACAAGGUUGCAAAAUGGCUAAAAUCCAACGUGCCAACCAAGAAGACUAAAUUUCUGAACCACAACGUGCAGUACUUCUCCUCAAUGAAAGCCAUCGAUGCCCUGCUUGCGUCAAAGUUUGGCCAGGGUGACAAUUGUCUCUUCCCGCACCGGCAGGCCGUGAUCGAUUUUAUGGACGAAAUGCUGUAUCACAAAUUUUUCCAUCGCGCCCGGAAGGUCCCGGUGAGCGAGCAGGAACUGCGCGGCAAGAGCAGCAAAAAGCCGACGGAAACGCCACACCAGGCCGCCAAGGAAGGCACCGGCAAAGCGGCGAAAGAGGAACGGACGACGGAUGGCGAGAGCAGUCAGGCGGAGGGUGCCAAGGUUGAGGUGGCGGAAAAGCGGAAGCGCAAGAUCCGCCUCGAGAUGCACCCGGAGCAGGUGUUUAUCGAUGGGCACGAGGCGUACGUUUGGCUGUACGAUCCGAUCCCGAUGCACUACUGGAUCUUUGGUGCGCUGCUCGUGGUCGGAGCGAUCGUCAUUUGUCUCUUCCCGCUGUGGCCACCGCUGUUGCGAAAGGGCGUUUACUAUUUGAGUAUAGCGGCCGCCGGUUUUCUGGUGUUCAUCCUGGGACUGGUCGUGCUACGGUGCAUCAUCUUCUGUCUGAUUUGGGUCGUCACGGGCGGAAAGCAUCAUUUCUGGCUGCUGCCGAAUCUGACCGAGGACGUUGGCUUCUUCGCCUCGUUCUGGCCGUUGUACAACCACGAGUACAAAGAUGGCCAGACCACCAGCGAUAAGGGCAGCAAAAAGACGAAAAAACGAAAACGUGACAAAGAUAGCGGCGGCGAAGAGGAAACCACUCCCGGUGGUAACAUCCUACCGACGAUCAAUGAAGUGAAGGAGCGUGAGUCGGAGACAAACCGCUCCAAGGCGCCCCCGUCGACACCAGGUGCCGCUGCAGAAGGGUUGCGACAUCGUGGCGCCAAACAACAACCGGAACCAGUGCCCACACCGGUCACGGUCGAAGAGUCGAUCUACGAGGAGCAAAAUUCCGGUACGCCAUCGGAAAGCGAUUCGGAAGGCUCUCAGCGCUCGUCAACGGGGAAGGACUUCGAGAUGGUUGAACCGGACGAGGUAGACACAUCGUAAACUGCGACACUAGCCAACAAACCCCCGGUUCCGCGCCCGGUGUGCUAGUGGCCGAAUUGGAUCAUUUUGUUAAACUCUCACACGUACACACCAAACAUCCGCAUAAUCACACGGCUCGCGACCUUGCAUCAUCUUUUCCCUCCGAGAGAUCGCGGGCUUUCACUGGAACCGUGACGAACGUGACGCAUCUGUCGUAAUGCACCCGGGCUACUUCGGCCGCUCUUGCGUUUCUUGAGUGCCCACAUCCAUCGCGAUCGGUUGAUAGCACGCACCCUAUCAAGAAAGCGGUGGUACCACUGAGGGAGCUUCUUCGGUGUUCCCUUAGUCGUUUGGAGGUCGUGAUCGAGAGACCGCUUCGUCGGGGGUUCGCGUCUGGCGUUUCUGCAAAUGAUCGAACCGUGCAGAGCUCCUAUCACAGUAGGCUUUGAAAGUUGGCUUGAAAAAUGUUAUUUGGGUGAUUAUUUUUUUUAACUUAUCCGUUGUGUGUUAUAAGAUCUGACAUGGAGACCGUGUUUCCUACCGUUCGUUGAACAAUGCUAGUGAGAUUCAAUUGCACGAUGAAUAUUUUCAACAGUUUUUGUGUGGGUUUGAAAUGAAAGACAUCAUAUAUAUUACGUGUAUAUUUAACGCAUCGAUGAUGUUGAUUUAGAUUAUCUACCAGAAUUAUAGAACAAGAAGAAUGUUUUACAAAAUGUUUAGCCAAACAUCACUCGCCUCCUGCAAACCGAUCGGAUGAAAAUGUGCUCCAGCAUCCGGUCGGUGCUCGGGCAGUGUACAAUGAAAAAUAAGCAAGCAAAACCCGAAAUAAAGAGUCAACAUAUUAGAGCAUUGGUAUAUUGAACCACCCGAACUUCCUCCUCGUGGUUGGGUUCGAUCGUGCGCGCACAGCCGCGGUCGAUCUGCUUAUCAGUGUGGCAUACGUUAUCGGCCCACUUCCGUACUUUGGCAUUAGAACGAAUGGAUGGUCGUAAAUACAUUUUUUUUCGACAAACAGUAACGCCAUGUAUUGGCAGACUGCGUGCAAAAACAUAAAGAUAAUUAAACCGCGAACAAUUUGUACCAUCACAGCUGGUCCGGAGAAUUUAGUUGAAAGUAUGCGGCGGAACGGGUGUUGUGCAAGGAUGCGCGAGUGUAUGAAUUUUCGGGGUGUGCAUUUUAACGCGAUUCGGAGUGUGACGUGGAAGUUAACCGUCUGAAAUGACCCGUUUAACCUCCUCUCCUCGCCCCUCUUUCCUCUUACCUUUCCAUGCAUAAUUUAUGUGUCCCUCCUGUAGUAGCAAAAAACAAAUCCCCUUAAAAGCAAAACCCCAACAUUUACUCGACAAUGUAGGAUUUGAAGCCAGUUCCAUCUUUAUGCCAAGUGUCAGAUAGAAGGUACUAGAGGAAUUAUGGUAUUCUACGUGGUAUAUGGAGAGUAAUAACUAAACGAAGUAAUAUAAGAAGUAAAGAGAAACAAAACAAGGCGCAUCUUUAGCGGUGCGACACUGCUGGCGUGCGAUUGAAAGCGAGAGAAAUGUUUUUUGUAGUGUGUGCAAAAGUUAGGUAAGGUUAUACUAUUCAAUAAACUUUAUGGUAUUAAAACAA